GAACCAGUAAAUUACAACUACGAGUCAUCUCUCAGCUCGACAGACGCCAUUCCCCAGGCAGCGAGAUUCCAGAUUCAGCCUUACCUUUGGUGGUUCGUGGCGCUCCACUGCCACCACAGCGCCGUCUUAGCGCGACAUCAGCCUCAAUUGGGAGGGAGCUGGAUUGACGGGUGCCUUGAGACUCCUCGAUUCCGAAAUGCUUAAAGAUGUGACCUUGGCCGACGACAACAUUGCCAUUUUCUCAGCAUCUUCUCCUCGGCAUUUUUACUACCAAGACACAAACACACCCGUUGGGAUACUCGCACACCAUGUCCGCCCUGCCGCUAUCCCAAGACGCCGCAAUGGCCCUGGCGCAGGCGUCUCUCCAUGAUCGCGUCGUUGGAUGCUUGUUCGGGUCCGCCCUUGGAGAUGCCAUCGGCCUAUACACCGAGUUUCUCACUGCCGACCUCUCCGCCAAGGCAUAUCCGACCCGGUACUUCACUCUGCUGCCCUCGGAGAAGGCAACGCCAUUUCGGCGCGAUCGCCAUCGAGACUUCCAUCGUCCAGGCGAGUGGACCGACGACACAGACCAUGCCAUGUUGAUCUUGCUCUCGUUCCUCCACAGCGACGGCAAGCAGAUGGACACCAAUGACUUUGCCUCCCGCUUGUCAAUCUGGGUGCGGAUGGGCCUUCGCGCUCUCGACACUUUGCCGCUUGGCCUGGGACGAACAGUUGGUGCCAUCGUGCGGAGCAAAGCUUUUCUAGACAACCCCGAGGCUCAGGCUCGGGCGCACUGGACCAAGGCCAACUAUAUUGCCGCGCCGAACGGGAGUCUUAUGCGGACGCAUCCUAUUGGACUCAUGUGUCUAAAUAAGUCGGUGGAGGAGACUUUUGAAGCCGCAGCCAAGUAUUCAGUCGUCACCCACGUUGACCCAAGAUGCAUCAUCUCAUGCGUGAUUGGCACAGCCCUCGUCCGUGGCCUCGUGCGCGGCGAGGUUCGCACCGAGAGCUACGUUGACGAGAUGAUAGAGAGCGCUGUCACCUGGUACACGGCCCGCCAAGACAAAGAACUGGAAAACCCCGAGCGAAAAGACGAGCCCCGGUUGGAUCUGGAGGAGCUCAAGACCCACGCGACAGCUAAGACGUUGGGGGAUCUCAAGCUGGACGAGACUUACAAAAUCGGAUACGUCUACAAGACUUUCGGCUCCGGUAUUCUGCUUCUGCGCCUCGCUAUGCGCCAGCUGGAAUCGGCACACGGCCUUCGGUCGCAACUCACCAGUUUCGAGCCUCUCAUCACCGAUCUCAUAAUGGAGGGCGGCGACGCCGACACCAACGCCUGCUUUGCCGGCGCCCUGCUCGGCUCCUUGCUCGGCUUCAAGGCCCUGCCCCCACACUGGCGCGACGGCCUCCGUUACGGACCGUGGCUAAUGGACAAGGCCGAAGGACUCAGCACCGUUCUUGGCGUCACCGAGGGGUCAUACAGCGGGUCGGGCGACAAGGACACGGCGCCGGACGGGGGACGGGGUUUCCUGACGGAUGAUCAGAUGGAGAGGAAGUGCAUGGAGAUGCAAGCGUGGAUGGCGGAGCAGGAAACGGAGUGGAAGAAGAAACAGGAGGGGGAUAAGAAAAAGUGGUAUGCAUGGAAAUGAGAACUAGGGCGGUAAUGAUGGCGUUUGGGUAUUCGUCGUAUUAGUCUGAGCAGAUAGCUCGACAUCAACAUCAUUUUAAGAAAUAUAUCGGCAAGUUUUUCA